AUGCGGAUCAAUUGUUGUUUGGUUCCGUUUGUUUGCCUCGUCUCUCUCUCAUCUGCAGCUCUCAUCUCAGAUGGAGUAUUUGGAUCUUCUGUUUUGGGGGAGAGGAGGCUCCUUCAGGCUAAGAAGCAAUGCCCCGUGAGCUUCGAGUUUCAGAACUACACUACAUUGAUAGACCAAUGCAAGGGACCCCAGUAUCCAAAAAAGCCAUGUUGUGACGCAUUUAAGGAAUUUGCGUGUCCAUUUGCAGAGGUGCUGAAUGACUUGAGCAACGACUGUGCCUCGUCCAUGUUCAGCUACAUCAACCUCCACGGGAGGUAUCCUCCGGGCCUAUUUGCCAAUGAGUGCCGGGAAGGCCAACAGGGGCUCGAGUGCCCUGCUCCACCCCCAGGCUCUAACAGGUCCACCACUAAUAAUAACAACGCUGCUCACAAGACAGUGGGUGAUUUGUGGAUACUCGUUUUGCUCACCUUAUUGUCGAUGCAAUUUAUGUGA